CUCUCUCUCUCUCUCUCUCUCUCUCUCUCUCAUUUGUUUUCUUGUUGGGGAGAACUAUAAACUCCUCCAAUUUCAUUAUUAGAGAAACUAUAGCCUCCUCCAUUAAUUUGAUCUCUCCCUCUCGGGGACAAACCCAUCUCUAAUCCCCACUCCAUAUACUUACUUACAUCCUCCAUGCAUGGCUCUUAUAUUCCCCCUUCGGUGCAACACCCAACAACAGAUUCAGUAAGCAGAAGCAGCAGAAGCAUCGAUCUUCCUAAACACACAUACAUAUAUACAUAUAUAUAUAUAUAUAUAUAUAUAUAUAUCCCAAUUACACCAGCUCAUCCACUUCUAUAUUCAUAGAUCGAUCUGCAGUUGUAAGUAACAAAUCGAGAUCAUGUGCGACUACUUUUGGGAGCGGAUGGAGAAGGAGCAGGGAGGAGACCUGGCCGACAUCGUUCGAGCCGGCGGGCGCGGCGUGAUCGGCUCCGACAUCCCGAUGCCCGACAUCGCGGCCGCCUGGCAGCACCUCCCUUCUUCUUCCGACCCGACCGCCUUCCCAGCGCCCGUCUCCGACGACUUCGGCAACCCCUUCAUCAACUCCCGCGACCCGCUGUUCGACGGAUUCGCGGAUUCCAUGGCCGGCGGCCGGCAACUGGCGGGCGAGGUCGCGCUGACAGUCGGGGAGGAAUUGAAGCAGCAGCAGCAGCAGCCGCCAUGCAAUAAUAAUAGUAAUAGUAAUAGUAAUAACAGCAGCAGCAGUAGUAGUAUCUUUUCGCGGGUGGUUCAGAUCUCGCCGCCGAGGCCGAUCAAGCCGUCUCCGGUGAUGGCUGAGGUGGAUGCCAUGGCCGGAGUUCAGAUCUCGUCGCCGCGGAACCCCGGGAUCAAGAGAAGAAAAAGCCAGGCAAAGAAGGUGGUGUGCAUUCCAGCGCCUGCAGCAGCAGCAGGAGGGGGAGGUGGUGGGAGGCCUGGUGGGGAGGUGGUUCCUUCUGACCUAUGGGCCUGGAGAAAAUAUGGACAAAAGCCAAUCAAAGGCUCUCCCUACCCAAGGGGCUAUUACAGAUGCAGCAGUUCGAAAGGAUGCUCGGCGCGGAAACAAGUCGAGCGGAGCCGGACGGACCCCAACAUGCUAGUCGUCACCUACACAUCUGAGCACAACCACCCGUGGCCGACCCAACGCAAUGCCCUAGCCGGCUCGACCCGAUCCCAGCCCUUGAAGAACAGCUCUUCUGCUUCAAAAAGCUCUUUGCAAAGUCAAAAGGCACAACAAAUAACAACCGUAAAGGAAGAACCAAUGAAUAAAGAGACGGCAAGUGUUAAGAACAUUAGUCCUAUAGUUAAAGAAGAGGCUCAUGAGAUGGAGAAGGCCAUGGAUGUGGCUGAUCAGGAUAGUGAACUACACCACCAAUUGUUUCACCAAAGUUACAAGCCUAUGAUCCCAGAAUCGGGCCAGCCCGACGACUUCUUCGCGGAUUUGGCUGAGCUCGAGUCCGACCCGAUGAGCCUCAUCUUCUCGAAAGAGCUCAUGGAGACUAAAGGGGAUGAGGAGAGGGGAGACGAGGCGUUGGACGAUGCGUUCAACAUGUUCGAAUGGGAAGGGGACUCAUUUGGAGAAGCAAAGAAAGGUUUAUAGCGAGACCUUGUAACAUGAUCACAAGCCUCAACAGCAUGCAGUGAACGUUUUAUGUUUGUUGUGUUUGUUGUGUGAGAGUGCAAUCUUGUUCAGGGUCUAGUGAUAAACCUUUUUUCCAGGUUACUAAGUACAAGUUUGAAUAUUUUGGAGUGGAGGGGUCUUCUUUUUUCCUUUUCUUUUUUCUCCUUUUUUUCUUUUUAAAUUUUUCUUGGUUUCGACCGAGUGGUCUAUAGAAUUAAUAGAGGCACAAAAAAGGUAGGGAAUGUUGGUGAAUUGGGAGCAGGGUUGUGGACCAGGCCUACAUAUCCUUGAAAUAUUGGAGUAUAAGUUAAUUAGAAAUUAGAGAGCUUUAAUUUGAAGUAGCUAGUAGAAAAUUAAAGCUUUCAACAGGUAGGAGAAUUACAUGUGUUAAUUAAGAAUGUGAUGAAAAGAGCGAUCAAAAGAUAGUUCAGAAUUAGAUAGUGCAUAUAUAUAUUUUUACAUGGAGAACCAAGAAUAUCUUCUC